AAAAAAUUAAGGAACUUGUUUGCCACCGUAUUUUCAAUCUAAUCUGUCUUUUUCUGAUCCUCUUGGAGCAUGAAAUGUUCAGGGUAGAAUAAUGUUUGAGACUCUUGCACCAAAACUCGGUAGUAAGCCUCCGUUGCAGCAAGGCGCGUUAGGCAACAACAGCAGCGCAAAUAAUACCGAUCAGGGUCGCAGGAACAUCAAUGCAACACCAUCUACAGUUGCAAACCUUCAUUCAACUGUAAAUAACAUUACCAUUCCACAUGUAGUCAGACCUGGCGAUGUUUCGCAGACAGGGCAGGGAUCUUCCCUAUCACGCCAAACCAACCCUUUUGCUAAAGGAUUCAUAGGGACACGUUCCACCAACUCACCCUCCACAAAAUCUUCUACAGCCCCUAUCAAUAACACAGUACAUCAACCAGUGAUUGAGAUGGCUAGAAACACCUCUAGCGAUCGCAGAAAUCAACAAGUUACUAUUGCAGUGAAAGGUGGACAUGUGUCAAGUGUACAACAGAAACCAGAAAAUCUUACCAAGCAGUCUAUGGGCUCGAAAACUCCACCUUCAGAUCCGGAUGCCUCCUUUAAUGCUGAUGACUUCCUUUUAGGAAGCGAUGGAUUGGCACUGACAGACCUUAUAGAUGGUUUGCAUGAAAAUAAAGAUGAGGUAUCAUUAAGCUGGACACCCACACCUCCUCGGAUCCAGAAACCAUCACUCUCCGGAACAAUACAACCAUUGUCGAUACCAAAAGGUGACAUAGUCCUCCGGUCCUCUACCUCGCCAACAAGUACUGGAGCAUCUGUCAGGAGUGCAAACCUCAUGGGAUCGACUUCUGAUAUUGUGCCAGAGAAAGAAAAUCACACAUCAACAGGUUCCUCUUCUACUCACUCACUGUCUUCACCAUCAGGAUCUGUUGGGCUACCUAUUAUUAGCGAUAUUGGCAGACGGACAACAUACUCUAAUCGAUCCAGCACACCACGGGUUUUGGCUCCUAAUUCACAGGAGCAUCCAAGUAAUCGGCCGAACGAGGAAGAUACAAUUGAUCAUCGAUUAGUACAAAAAAAUGAGAGACAGUUAGUCCUUGCUGCCAGGAACCUUCAGGACCACGAACGACGUGGGCUCAUGAGGAGCCAAAGCUCGCCAUCAACUGGAAGUAAUCCUUCUCCUCUUCCUAUGCGUAGCAGGCGGAGAUUGCCUGGUCCUGCUGGAGAGCUUCCUGUGUUGAGUGAAGAGGAAAAAAGGCAGUUAUUUCAGUCCCGCGGGACACCUUUUAAUAAGGAGGCUUCGACGACUGCUGCUGGAAGCAUCAGUCCAAAUUCUUCGAUCAAGAAAAAGAUGAAAGCUGCUGUAUACAAUGGGCCUGUCGAUAGUAUGUUUACCACUGCCGCGUGGGAACAGAUGUUGAGGACUUAUGGCCUUCCGGACUAUAAACCAUCAACGCUAGCGAAGUUUAAAGGGAUUACACCAUUAGUGGAACACACUUUAUCAGACAUCGAGAACCGCCAAGAACUCCAUCGUGGCAAGAUAUCAUCACUUGUAGUCAUGAUUAAGGAUGUGGUGCUUACAGAAAUUGAUGCGUCAGUGACGCUGCUUGACCCCUCGGGCGAGAUGCGAGGUACUGUGCAUCGGACAGUCCUUGAACAAUACAAAAACAAUGAGAUCAGAGCAGGCACAGUUUUGGCAUUGAAAAAUGUAUCUGUAUUCUCGCCAACGCCGAUAUCGCACUACUUGAUUAUCACUUCCCGAAAUAUAGUUGGGAUGUUUUUACCGCAGCCAGCCGCAAUCAUCCUUUCACAAGGCUCAACACAGGAACGGUUUUCACAGAAGAGAAAAAGAGGGCAAGGCAGUCAGGAAUCCGAUAGCAGUAGGGGCUCUUGGGUUGGAAGCUCUCCGGGGAUCCUCAAUGGCAAUGGUAUUUCGCAGUCGUUGGGAGGGAAAAAUGACACGCAGCAACCAUUGACUAUAAACUCUUCAUCAGCAUCGAAUGCCUCGAAUCUGUCAAGUGCCUCUCUUUCACUCCAAAUAUCUACAGCUGAGUCUAUGAGUCAGCGAAGUAUUUCAUGGUCUGCAACUCCAGAGGAUACUGGUACGGUUCUUGAGAAUGCUGGUAGUAUGAAUUCAGUCCCACUGGGGCAGAAUAGAACCAUAGUGAAAGCAGAAGGUACAAUAUCUGUGGCAACAAGACGAGCUACGGAUAUCAUUGCGGCUUCAUCUCUGCCCACUGCUCAGGAGCAAACGAAGGAUGAAUCAUCCUUGUCGUCACCACGAGUGUCGCAAACUCAAGAGGUUCAAUUUCAGAGUUUACGACAGACAAUUGGUGAUGCGAGUGCGCAACCUGUGGUACAUGGUCAGACUCAAUCGGAGGAUAUUACGGCCACGCCUUUGAUUUCAUUAGGCGUUAUGACGCCAAACGUAUUGAGAGCUGAAACUCCAAAUAUAGCAAAGGGGGAGAGCCGAAGGGUUUUGUCAUCUUUCGCAGCGCCACCAAGUCUAAGGAAACGAUCCUCGCAUUCGAAUGCAAGUCAAAAGUCGGAUUCUGCAACCUCAAGCAGUUCAACUUCAGCAGUAGUUGCAGAUGUGAGUGCAUCUACCAACGCGUCCAAAAAAUCUAUCCGAUCUAAAAGUCACUUGACGCCAACACCAUCCAGAAAGGCAAUAUUGAGGCGUCAACCUAGUUCAUCUGAUUGGUUAGAUGAUCUUGGCGAAGAUGAUUUAGCGGGAGCUCUUGAUGAUGAUCGUAAUUUGAGCUUAACAGAACCGCCGGCGCCUGUCGUCCACCGUGUACAGGAAACUGCAUCGGUCGUAGCUACUACAACAACUACUACUAUUAAUGCUACCGCUACUACUGCAGCUAAACCCUCCAUUGAGCAAGAUGAGGAUGAUGACGAUGAUUUGGAUAAUUUGCUAGAUGGCCUAGAUGAUUAUGAAUUGUUUGAUAUUUAGUUUUUCUCUAAGUAAUAAAGU